AUGAUCUCCCUAGUACAGUUUGCGAUUGUUCUAUUUGUCGGCCUGGGAAGUAUCACCUAUGGCUACGGAUCCAGCAUCAUUGCUACGACCACUGGACAGCCGACUUUUCUGUCCUAUUUUGCUCUCGAUACAAGAUCAAACGCAGCUGCUCUUUUGGGAGCUAUAAAUGGUCUCUUCUCUGUUGGAGGAUUGUUUGGUUGUAUCUCGUGUUUCUGGAUUCCCGACAAAUUUGGUCGCAAAAAGGCGAUUAUGUUCGCUUCUUUCACGUCGAUCCUUGGCAACGGCCUGGCAGCUGGGAGCGUGCACAUCGCUAUGUUCAUCAUUGCCAGGCUGAUCACUGGCUUCUCCGUGGGAGCUCUAGUGAGCCUUGUUCCAUUGUACCAGAGCGAGAUCUCCCCUCCAAAGAUUCGAGGUCUUCUCGUGGGUAUGCAUGGGACAGGCAUUGCUACUGGCUACGUUGCUGCUAGCUGGAUCGGCUUUGGCUUUUAUUUUGUCAGCGCAAGUGGCACACAGUGGAGAAUGCCGCUGGCGAUCGGGGCACUGUGGCCUCUCUUGCUUGCUGGUGGUGUGCUGUUGAUACCCGAAUCUCCACGUUGGUUGCUUACCAAGAACCGUCCUGACGACGCUCUCAAGGCAUUCAGGGCUUGCCGGACCGAGUCUGGGCCGCACAACGACGAGCAUGCCAUUGCCGAGGAAUUUCAUCUCCUCCACUCUCAAGUGAUUGAAGAGAUGAAGGAUCAAGUGCCGUUAAAGGAAUUCUUCACAAGGCCUGCUCUGCGCAAGAGGUGCUGGAUCGGUUGGUUGACCAUGGUGGCGGGUCAAUGUACCGGGACAAUCGUUAUCAACAACUACGGGCCUUUCCUUUACCGCAAGCUCGGUUUCACCGUUGUCAACCAGCUUCUAAUUCAAUGCGGUUGGAUCACUGUAUGCCUUCUUGGUAAUGCUUUCAACGCCGCAGUCAUCGAUCACUUCGGCAGAGUUCGAAUGCUACUUUUCGGUUUCACUGGAGAUGUUAUUGCACUUGCUGGCGAGUGUGCCACGGUUGCUGUUUAUCAGCGAACUGGCUCACCCGCUGCUGCCAAAGCUGCCGUCUUCUUCCUCUUCCUCCAUAUUGGAUUCUACGGGUGGACCAUUGAUGCCAGCACAUAUAUCUAUGCCACUGAGAUCUUCCCCAAUCCUCUACGUGCGCGCGGCAUUGGAAUCUCUUGUGCCGGGUUGUUCAUGGCCGUGAUUGUCUUCACCAGCGCCGCGCCCACAGCAUUCAACAACAUUGGAUGGAAGUAUUACCUCGUCUUCUGCAUCCUCACUGCGAUGAAUGUCGUUAUUAUCUGGUUUUUCUUCCCAGAGACCAAAGGCCUUGCCCUCGAGGACGUGGCCGAAAUUUUCGGCGAUGGUAUCGUCCUCUCGGACUCCCGCGAAGAACAAAUCCACCAGCGCUUCAAGCAAUCUCACUAUCGUGCUGAAGUCCUUGACGAGAUUUCACACGAUGAGCCUGUCGAAAUCCAUAUGAAGAGUGAAGAAGACUCUGUGAAGGCUGAACACAUUCCAUGA